GCCCUUGUUCCGAACAAAUCCCCCAGCAGAAUUGCCAGUAAGUUCAUCUAGACAAGUAAGGCAUCGGAAGGCCUAUCAAUUAAAAUGGGUGAUAUAGGCCGUUAUGUGCCGCCGAAAAAUUUUUCUCGCCCAAACGCAACCUCGAAAGGAAGUACAGGGAAAGAGGGUAAGCCAGCGGAAAACAAUCAUCUAUCCUCCAGUUUCCCCUCCAAGCGCAUCCAUAGGGUUGUCGACACGCAGAGUGAAUUUGAAGGAAUAUUUCUAGUAGGUUUCACUGAAGAAGAAAAGAAAAAAGAAGAGGAAAGAAAAAUCUUCGGCCGGUGGUUUUAUGUGCCUGGGCGUUGGUGGAGCGGCUGGGUAGCUUCGGAAAAACGUGGCUGCGGUUCGCGAGCAUCGACCCAUAUUAUUUUUUUUCUUAGCCGUUUUGCUAAGAGUCAGCCUUGUGUGACUCACCAACUGCAGAGCUCGAAUUACGAAUUACAGGGCUUUGCAUCGUGGUAGUGCAUAUUCGUGGGUUGAUGUUGUUCAAUUUUACGACGGCUCACAAGUGGCUAUGGCUGUCAUAUCAAGCGAGAUCCAGCUUGUGAUGCUUGGCCUGCAAGCCAGCCAAUCAUCUAUCGUCUGUUUUACGUCUUCUGCAUGUUUUAGUACCUUAGAUAGCCCAGGUACCUUGGUGAUACAACUCAAUGACGUGGCUGGAUCAAUAUAUGGUGCUACCUAGAACUGGAUAAGCCGCUUCAAUCUUUUGGCUCGUGUCAUUUGUUUUACCGAAAA